AGCGGGAACGAUGGUUUCGUCUCGGAACGGGGCGUCCUCUCCCCCUAGGGUUUACCUCAUUUCAUCGUCGUCUAUCUCCAUCGAUGCUUGGCUUCCAAUCUGUAGUGCCUGAGAAGCAUCCAUCCGUUUUUGCAUCCGCCCCGUUGCUGCUUCCCCGCCAUCGCCCUGUAGUUCGCAGGCUCCUCGUGGCGUGUAACUAGGUACGAUCGCCCACCAUGUUGUAUAUCAUGCGGAAUUUCAAAUGUGGGCGGAGUUUAAAAUACUCGCGAAGCUGCAUGCCCUCGAACCCUUGAAAGCAUUUCUGCGCACUACGGGGUAGCUGUGGGGCUGGAUGUGAUGUGCUGACUGCCAUGGUGGCGCUCGCAUUUAUAGUGUCGCCAUGUUUAUGGUGCUGGAACAAAUAAGCAAGCUUCGUUUUCUGCAGCCAUCGUCCUAACGAUGGGUCUUUUUUUAAGUUCAGCACGGAACUCAGAGUACGAUGCUUCGAUUGGGAAUAGUGACUCAACAAAGAGGCCCCGCAUCAGUGUUAAGUAUGAACACCAGCCAGCUACCAUACCAGGCUUGCCUGAAGAGAUUGCAGUUCAAAUUUUAGCUCGUGUCUCACGGGGAAACCAUCCUCUUCUAAGCUGUGUAUGCAAGGCUUGGUACCAUGUUCUCUCCACACCUGAAUUCUUCAAUCUCAGGAAGGAGCUGGGUGUGACCGAGGAGUGGUUGUAUGUAUUGAUGAAGGAUGAAGAAGAGCGCCUGGGAUGGCGUGUACUAGACCCUGUGGAAGGGAGGUGGAGGAAGCUGCCCCCCAUGCCUGAAUUAUCAAAUAUUGCCAAGAAGACUGAGGCAAACGAGAUCUCAUGGGGGUGGAGGCUCCGUUCGGGUCCUUUGCGGAUGCUGCGGCUGACUAGUCUCUUUGGAGGUUGGUUUCAGCGGAAGGGCUUCUUGGACAAGAUACCGUAUUGUGGCUGCUCGGCGGGAGCUAUCAAUGGCAGUCUCUAUGUCCUGGGGGGCUUCUCGUGGGCUAAUGCUAUGCGUGCAGUUUGGAGGUACGACUCACGGACGAACCGGUGGGCGUCAUCAGCGGCGAUGGAGGUUGCUCGUGCAUAUUGCAAGACAGGGGUUAUUGACAACAAGCUUUAUGCUAUUGGUGGAGUUGAUCGGGGUCGAGGAGGCCUAACUCCUCUGCAAUCCGCUGAGGUUUAUGACCCUGAGACAGAUUCAUGGUCUCAAGUUGCCCCAAUGCCAUUUCGGAGGGCACGAGUGCUUCCUACAGCUUUUCUGUCAGACAUGUUGAAGCCGAUUGCGACGGGAAUGGCUUCUUAUAAUGGAAAACUUUGUGUUCCUCAAAGUUUGUACUCGUGGCCUUUUUUCGUUGAUGUUGGUGGGGAGAUUUUUGACCCUGCAACGGACACUUGGGUUGAGAUGGCAACUGGGAUGGGGAAUGACUGGCCUGCCCGGCAAGCAGGAACAAAACUAUCUGCUGUAGUAGGUGGGAAGCUGUACGCUCUCGACCCCACAAGUUCCAUGGAUGGGAGCAAGAUCAAGGUUUAUGAUUCUGACAAGGAUGUGUGGAAGGUUGUGUUGAAGAAGGUGCCCAUCCUACUCGACCUCAGUGAUUCGGAGUCGCCCUACCUGUUGGCCGGAUUUGAUGGAAAGCUUCAUGUCAUUACAAAAGAUUUUAAUAAUAACGUGACAGUUUUGAGAGCAGAGUUGGGAUUCAACUCUCAAUCACACCAGGCGAAGGAGUUUGAGGUUGGGUGGAAGACGAUUUCGAGUGCCAGCUUUGGUGCUGUUGAGCUGGUUGCUUGCCAAGUCCUUGAUUUGUAACCAAGUUCAUUGUCCGAUUCGCCAACGUAAAGGAAGAUGUGGAUGGAGAUUACAUAAUAGCCCGGCUGUUCUGCUUUUUGCCUUGCAGGUCCUGUGUAUGGGUUCGUGCGAUCCAAUCGCUAAAUCAGGUUAGUGUGAAGUCUAUUCGAGCAAAUUAAUGAGAAACACCUCUCUCAGUAAUCUAACUGUAGAGUAACAUGUAAUUGUAGAUUUUUGAUGUACAGUCUUCAGCAGAUUAGUGGGCCUUAGUUGCCACUUUCAUACCAUAAAAAGUUCCUGAUAUUCUUGAAGCUGUAUUGUGUUGUUCAUUAGAGUUAAGUGGUUCACUUUUUACACUCAUGCAUUGCUCUAGAGCAUCCACUUCGAUGGCCGUCAGGUUCAGAACUGCAUGUAUGCUUCCUAAAACGGUGCAUCCGGUUUACACAUUCUGAUGGAAUCUCGGUUCAUGACGCACCUAUUAAUUUC